AUGCCCUGCGCCUCCGCCUGGCAAUCUGGCCGGCGACUUGCAGCGCCGGCCAUGGCGGCAGGCAGCGGCUGCAGCCGCGGCGCGCUUGCGCGGCGCCAGCCGCGCAUCUUCGGCGCGGCCCCCCAUCGCUACAGACAGGGCGCAUCCGUGGCGUCUGCCGAGACGCCGCCGUGGUGGAUCCCAGAAUUGGCGCGCGACGCGGCGUGCCCGUGCAUCAUCGGGGAAUGGGCGCGGGGCGUUUGGAGCUGGGCGGUGGCCGCCGAGCUGGGCCGCGGCGCCGUGGUGGGCUUCGGAGGCGGCCGGGGCGCCGUGGCGAAGUCGAGUGUGGACGUUUUCUCGGCAGUGCUGCUGGCCGAGCUUCCUCCUGACCCAGAGGCGCAGAUGCGUCGCGCUGGGCUGGAGUUCCUAAAGUUCGCGCCCAUCCGCGACGAGGGCGCGAGGGGCGUGUCCCCGCGGUUCGACUUCCUGCUCGACAGGGCAAACCAGCUCGCGGAGCUGGCGAUCUCGGCCCCCUUCCGGACUUGGAUGCCCCUUUCGCUCCCGAGCCUGCCGGCGCGCAAGUGGGCGGAGAUCCUGCGCGAGUGCGACCGCGGGCCCCCCGGGGCGGAGCAGGAGUGCCAGCCGGUCAAGGCGGGGCUGCUUCGAGGCAGGGCGAUCGAGAAGAACGUCUCGCCCUUCGGGCCAGGCGGCGCGAGGGCGCCAGGCGUGUACUUCGCGUGCGCCGACGAGGGCGUGUCCUUCGACCUCGGACGGGCAGCAGACGGCGACGCCGACGGCGAGGCGCACUUGUCCACCGACCUAGAGCGGUGGGUGCGCGAGGCCGCCGAGGGCCCCUGGCCGGCCGACCGCCUGGAGGCCGGGCUGUGCGCGUCCGUGGAGUGUCCGCUCUGCCUCGCGCGCGCGUGGUCGGCCGCGCGGGCGGCCGAGCGACGGCGCCGCGCGGCGGCGGGCCGUUUUGCUCCGAAGCGCAAGAGCCGACGGCACCACCUCGGGGCCAAGCGCUACACCGAGCGCGGUCGUCCCCGCGCCGCUGGCGGAGCGCAGAGGCGGAGCUUUUUCGCGGGCCAGACGUUCGUCGGCGUGGGCCGCCUGCUUGAGACGGACGUCGAGGCAGUCUUCGAGGGUCGCCCCCGCGGCUCGCGGGGUCGGACCGGGCGGGGCGUCCUCGUGAAGUGCUACUGGUGUGGCGGGCCAGGCCGCGUGGCGGCCGACUGCCGCAGCCCGGGCAAUCUGCCGCGCUUGUGGCAGCUUUGA